AUGGAAAAACUCAACAAAAUUUAUUCACUAUACCCAACACGCGGGCUAAAAUGUGACGGCUGUAAUCUUGGUGAAGACUACUACAGUGAUGGCUAUCGUUGCAUUCGUUAUGGACUCUUCUUUCACAAGGAGUGUGCUAAGUCUGAUCAAGAUGUCUGCAAUCUCUAUCAUCCACAACAUACGUUAAAAAUCAAGGCAAUUUCAAUAAUAGAAGAUGCCAAUGGUGAAUGCAAGCUUUGUAGAGGUAACUUGCCAAAAAUGUACUAUUAUUGUUCAAUAUGUGAUUUUGCAAUCGAUUUGGUAUGUGCAAGAAAAGUAGUUGUCUUAACGAUUGAUAUCCCAAGUACCCAUGAGCAUCGUUUAUCACUUGUUCCAAAAAUGAAUAUUUUUUCUUGUCAUAUAUGUAAAUUGUUUGAUGAUCAGUUCCCUUAUGCUUGCGACAUAUGUGGUCUGAGUUUUCACAAAGAUUGCGCUGAAUCUACACCAGAACUCAACUACUCUUGUCAUCCUAAACAUUCCCUCAAGCGUCUCACACGUGUUCCAAGUUACACCAAUGGAAAAUGUUGCUUGUGCAAAAUCAAGCUUCAUAUUGUGUUUUAUCAUUGUUCUAUCUGA